UGACGAAUGUAGGCAUGUGAAAUGUUACUCUUGGCAGCAGAAAGAGUCACAUUGGCAGCAGAAAGAGUCACAGACAAUGUCUGUUGUUUCAGUAUAAAGAUAAAAGUUGUCACGUACAAAGUUGUAAAAGUUAGAAAGCACGUUACCCCAUAAGGAAAACUGAGUGUGGGUGCCACAAAAAUAUGUACAAGGAAAGUCAGAUCUAUAUUACUGUAAUGGCAGCCGCAUGCAAUGAUUCUAAAGACACUUAUCUUCUAUGGUUGGAUUUGGUACUUUUUGUUUACUCCAGCUCACCUUUUAUAGCUGUGUUCUGGUUGUCAACUUUCUGACUUUGAGUCUAUCAGUUCUGAUUCAGUUACUCCUUGAUAUAUUUUUAAGACCCACCAGUCCAUUCAUUUCAUGAGUUGUCUUCUGCAAAUAGCUGGGAAACUUCAUUAUUCUCAACUACCUUGAAUGAAUGGAUUACUUGGAACUGUGGAACUAACAUGGGACAAAAUAGUAGUAGUGUUUUUAGGUUGAUGCUUGUUUUUAAGCACUAUGUGGGGACUAAAUGAUAUAAAAGCUUACAACUUGCAGCUUUCAAGAUCUCUGUGAAAAGUUUUGAGGAUCCCAAGAUUUGAAUACACUCCAAAAGAGCAUGUUGGUCAUAUUCUACUUCUCCAACUUGGGUAUUUUUGGAUAACCUUUGCAUCUGAGCAGUAUCUGCUCUGUUCCAGACAGAGGAAAGAGAAACAAUCAGAUAUGUCUCGUCUGUUUCUACAUUUCUAUCCCAUGCUUUUUCAGCUGAUUUUGUUUUCAAUUACAGUACACUGUGGUCGACAAGAGGAACACUUGCGUCCUCCAGUUACACCCCAUUUGACAGAUCAGUUUUCUCAUCUAUCUUUCAAAGAGGGAUACUCUGUUGUAUGGGGAGGUCCAACAAAUGUCCAGCAACUAAAUGGUGGGAACCUUGUGAAGCUUAUUCUCGACAAAUCCUCAGGUUCAGGAUUCAUUUCACAAGAUGAUUUCUACUACGGAUUCUUCAGCGCAGCCAUCAAGCUUCCUGAGAACUACUCUGCAGGAAUUGUUGUGGCAUUUUAUACUUCAAAUUCAGACGUCUUCCCUCGUACACAUGAUGAAUUAGACUUUGAAUUCCUGGGUCAUGCCAGGCGCAAACAGUGGGUUCUGCAGACCAAUGUAUAUGGGAAUGGAAGUGUUCACACGGGCCGAGAAGAGAGAUUCCACCUCUGGUUCGAUCCUGCAGCUGAAUUCCAUGAGUAUAGCAUUCUUUGGAACUACAACCAUACUGUGUUUUUUGUGGACAAUAUCCCAAUCAGGGAAAUACAACAUAUCAAAGAAUGGGGGGUGCAGUAUCCUUCGAAGCCAAUGUCUGUGUACUCAACUAUUUGGGAUGGAUCAGACUGGGCCACUGAAGGAGGGAGGUAUCCAGUUGAUUACAGGUAUGCACCAUUUGUAGCAUCUUACACCAACCUUGAACUUGAUGGGUGUGUUUGGAAUCCUACACAGCCCACCCCAUUGUGUUCAUACAGACCACAAUCCACAAAUCCCAUUGAUGGCCCAGAGUUCAAGUCCCUGGAUGCCACGCAGCGAGCUGGAAUGGACUGGGUAAGGAAGAGAUUUAUGACAUAUUCAUACUGUCAAGAUUCUUCAAGGUAUCCCAUUGCCCCACCUGAAUGUCAAGGACAGAGAAAAUCGAAGACAGGGCCUGGUCAGAACACUGAGUAUAAUAAUGAUCUUGGUACAUUUGAGCAAGAGGAGCCUCCCACAAUGACACGGUUUUCAAAGUAUGGCAGAAUGAAGUUUUCAGUACCUCCUUCUCAGAGAAUGCCAGGGGUAGGCACUGGCAUGGAUAGGAGAGCCUAUGGUUUAUGGUGAUUGAUAUUGUUUGGACUUUGGUCUAUUCUUUCUUUGUAGAAUUGUAAAAAUAGAGAUUGAAUAUAUAUAUUAUUUUAGCUCUAGUACCUGUUAUAUCUUGAAUAACAUGAAAGUUAGGAGUGUGUGCCUUUUGUCCUGCUUUAGACAGACAUCACUUAUGUAUAGAGGAGAGUUUGGCUU